CUGAUUAGGCCCGAGCAGGUCCGCUCCACCGGGCCGGGCCCAGCCGAGGUGCCGGUGCAGCGGAGUCGCCCCCACCCACCAUGAACGCGAGAAAGAGAGGGAGCCCCUCUCGGACUCAUUCGAUGAUGUCACUGUCUGUUCGGCCCCAACGUCGAAUCCUCAGCGCCAGGAUCAAUAGGAGCCAGUCCUUCGCAGGUGUCCUCAGUGGCCAGGACCGGGGGGGCAGGAGCCUAGCAGCCUUCAGCCCCCCUGUGGUCCCCCGAAAAACACCUGCCAUUGUCCGAGUCUCCAGGAUGUUCUCCAUGGCACACCCACCCCCAAAGGUGCCUCAGCCAGAGCGGCUGGACCAGGUUUAUGAAGCCCUGAAGAGGGGUCUAACGGCCUACUUGGAAGUACAUCAGUUAGAACAGGAGAAACUCCAAGUUCAGAUCAGAGAAUCCAAGAGAAACUCUAGGCUGGGCUUUCUCUACGAGUUGGACAAGCAAGUGAAAUCCAUCGAGCGUUUCCUUCGGCGCCUGGAAUUCCAUGCCAGCAAGAUUGAUGAGUUAUAUGAUGGAUAUUGCAUCCAGCGACGGUUACGGGAUGGAGCACACAACAUGGUCCGGGCUUAUACUUCAGGGACUCCGGGGAGUCGAGAGGCCAGAGACAGCCUGGCUGAGGCUACUCGUGGCCACCGAGAAUACACUGAGAGCAUGUGUUUGCUGGAAAGUGAAAUUGAAGGACAACUGGGUGAAUUCCACCUCAAAAUGAAAGGGCUGGCUGGUUUUGCCCGACUGUGUGUUGGGGACCAAUAUGAGAUCUAUAUGAAAUAUGGGCGUCAGCGCUGGAAGUUACGUGGACGAAUCGAAGGCAGUGGGAAGCAAGUGUGGGACAGUGAGGACAUGGUCUUCCUGCCACUGCUCACAGAAUUCCUCUCCAUCAAGGUCACAGAAUUAAAGAGCUUGGCAAACCAUGUAGUUGUGGGCAGUGUUUCCUGUGAGACCAAGGACCUGUUUGCUGCUCUGCCUCAGGUUGUGGCUGUGGAUAUCAAUGACCUAGGCACCAUUAAGCUCAGCCUUGAGGUCACUUGGAGCCCCUUUGACAAGGAUGAUCAACCUUCAGCAGCUUCCACAGUCACCAAGACUUCCACUGUCAGCAAACGCUUCUCCACCUAUAGUCAGAGUCCUCCAGACACCCCUUCGCUGAGGGAACAGGCCUUCUAUAACAUGCUCCGUCGUCAGGAGGAGCUAGAGAAUGGAACAGCGUGGUCUCUGUCCUCAGAGUCUUCAGAUGACUCCUCCAGCCCCCAGCUCUCGGGAGCUGCCCGACUCACUCCACCCUCUCGGCCCUUCGUGCAACAACCUGAGGCUCCCCCGAUCCAGAUUGCCUUCUCUCAGCCAGAACUUCCCCAUCCCUUGGGGGAGGCCCUGGAGGAGGAGGGGGCCAAAGUCCCCAUCAUGGCCAAUGGACACAUCCCCUACAGCCGAACUCUGAGCCAUAUCAGCGAGGCGAGUGUGGAUGCCUCAUUGGCAGAGGCUACCAAUGAAUCUCUGGCCUUGGAGAGCCAUGCUCAGGGCCUCACCUCCUCUGCCCAUAUAGUCAGAGGUCUCACCUCCUCAGUGCACCCAGACUCUAGCCCACCCCCUACCCCAGACGCACAUCCAGACCCCUUAAGCCCAAGCACCAUCCUAUCUUGUUUAGACUCAACCCCUUUGCAUGCAGGCCUUACCCCCUCAUCUUCUGAACCAGUCACUUUAAACCAGAACUCCCUUCCCUCACAUCCAAGAUCCUCUGAGUCUGAUUUUCCCCACCCAGACCCCAUCCCCUCCUAUUCAGAUCCCAUCCCCUCCCAGCCAGAUUCCACCCCCUCCCAGCCAGAGCCUGCCCCUUCACCCUCAGACCUUGCCCCUCUGACUCCAGCUACCAGUCCCAAAUCCACAAACCAUGUUAUUCCUUGCCCAGACCUAGCCCUGUUGCACUCAGAUCCUGUGCCCCAACACUCAGAUUCCUCUUCUCCCCAUUCAUACUCUAACUCAUCACACGCAGAUCCCAGCCCUCCCAUCACCACACAGUUACCCCUCACAGACCAUACCCCCAGUCCCCCUGUAGUGCCCCAGGUUCCAGUCCAGGAGGCAGCUGGUAUGCCCGUAAUGGAGGCCAAAGCUCCUCCCCAGAAGGGGCAGCCGGAGCAGGGAACUGGGCUGAGGGACACGGGGCUGGAAGAAGCCCUGGCAGCCUUGAGUUCUGCCCUGGAUGACUGUCGGGGCCAAUUUCCAGAACUGCAAGGACUGGAGCAGGAGGUGACUCGGCUUGAGAGUCUCUUGAUGCAGAGGCAAGGCAUGUCCCGAAGCCGGGCGUCUAGCCUUAGCCUCACCGUGGAGCAUGCACUGGAGAGUUUUAGCUUCCUCAAUGAGGAUGAAGAUGAGGAUGAUGGGCCUGAAGACAGGACGCUGAGCAGCCCAGGGCCUGAGUCUGAGGCUGGGGUCAGCUGCGUGUCUGAGGAUGCCCUGGACUCCUCUACACCUGGCCCCCUCAGCACUGGUUGCCCUGCCCUGGACACAGCCCUAGUCUUGCACCUUCAGCACUGUGGCCACCUCUUGCUGAAACUAGGCACCUUUGGACCCUUACGAUGCCAGGAAGCAUCAGCAUUGGAGCGGCUACUUCGGGAGGCCCUGGUACUGGAGGUGGUGUGCCAGCUUUGUGGGGGGCAAGUGGGCAAGGCCACCUCUGCUCAGGAAGUGCUACAGUUCUCUGUUCCCCGUCCGGGCUUCCUGUCUUUCUGGGACCAAUGCACGGAGGGAGGCAAUCUCCUGGUCUGUCCUGUGGAACGGAUACUCUUCACCUUCUGCAGUCAGUAUGGAGCCCGCCUCUCCUUACGCCAGCCUGGCCUGGCUGAGGCUGUGUGUGUAAAGUUCCUGGAGGAUGCUAUGGGGCAGAGGCUGCCCAGGAGACCUCGACCAGGACCUGGGGAACAACUCACAAUCUUCCAAUUCUGGAGCUACAUUGAGGCCUUGAACAGUCCUUCCAUGGAGGCUUAUGUCACAGAGACAGCUGAAGAGGUGUUGCUGGUGAAGAACUUGAAUUCAGAUGACCAGGCAGUGGUGCUCCGGGCAUUGAGACUGGCCCCCGAGGGACGGCUCCACCGGGAUGGGCUCCGGGCUCUUAGCUCCCUUCUCAUCCAUGGCAAUAGCAAAGUGAUGGCUGCUGUAACUGCCCAGCUUCGAAGUUUAGCCCUGGGCUCAGAAUUCCGGAAGAAGGCCCUACUUUGUUUUUUGGAACAACUAGAGGAUGAAGAUAUACAGAUACGGGUGGCAGGGUGUGUGGCUCUGGGCUGUCUCAAGGCCCCAGAGGGCAUUGAACCACUGGUGUAUCUGUGCCAAACAGACAAGGAGGAAGUAAGGGAGGCUGCCCGGCAGAGCCUUCUGCAGUGUGGGGAAGAUGGACAGUCAGCUCACCGAAGGUUGGAAGAGUCUCUGGAAGCCAUGCCCAGGAUCUUUGGGCCAGGAAGCAUGGCCAGUACUGCAUUCUGAGAUCCCUGCCUGCUUCCUGGGUCUCAGGAGCACAGGGGACUCUGGAGUCACUGCCUAUUCCCCUGAGCCCCUCCUUUACCACCACCUUUCAGGGCUGGCCCUGCCCUGGGAGCCCCCAACCUGAUGGGCCUAACUGACAAUGGCAGGGGUGGGCUGGGUGUCAGGACCCAGGCUCCAGGGUUCCCUCCCAUCCUACAGAUUCCUAUAAAUAUAAAUCUCUUUAAUAUAUUCUUCUGCUACCCCAGCAGAGACCGCCACCUGCAGUCAAGUGCCUCCCCAGCCUCCAUCAGGCUUCCCCCACCCCCACUGGUGUCUGGGAUUCCCUUCUAAUCCCUGGUCACCCUGCCUCUCCCCACUGUGUCUGAUUUUGUAUUUUAUUUACAGAGUUUUGCAGAAAAUAAAAGGCAAAAUCUCUUUCCUA